AAUCCAGCUAUUUGCAGAACAGAUGCAACAGCAAACUAUAGCUAUAUAUGGCUUUCCUUUGGGCCUGCAACUGCUUGCAUAUAGGAACAUAUCUGGUCUACUGGAGAAGAUUCCAGGUUCUUCAGAUGAGAGAACCUUCUUGGAAUGGCAUUCAAUUGGGAUCCCCAAAAACAAUCUUACCCUAAAUGAAGUUCAUAUCCUUGAACGUGCUCCUGAUUUGGUUGUUACUCUGUUCCUGUUUGUUGACCACAACGAAGAUGGAUGGGGAGAGUGGGAUGAUGAAGACCCAGUUGUUGAACACAAGAAGCAUAUAGUUAACAGGAAAAGGAAACAUACGUCAACUCCUUCAAAGGGAAGUCAAUCAAAAUCGAAUGUCGGUACUUCAAGGCGAGGCAGGAAGCGUAAGUUUGAGUUGGUUGAUGAUGAUGAGGCAGGUGAUAUAAAACUGUGGGUGAAUUCGCGGUUGGAUGCUAUAAGACAUGAAUUUGCGGAGAAUGUUCAGAAGUUAAGAGGUCAGAAUCGGAAUCUUCUGAAAAAGAUCAAGGCCCUGAGAUCUCUGAAGAUGCCAAGAUUUCAAUUUCACAAAUUCUCACGCGCUAGACAGUCAACUUGUGCUCCAUCAAGGAAAGUACGCAUAGCAGCUAAACAUCCCAAUAUAUCUGAAUCUCCAGAGAAUGCUGCUGUAGGUACUCAAAACAUCCCAACUCCUCCUUCAAGUCCAUUAACUUCAAUGCAUGAGGAAGAGAAUGCAGUUUCAGGAGAACCUUCACUUCUUGUUGAUGAUUACACAUGGCGUCUAAUAACUUCUCAGCAGAUGAAUAGCACAGUCAAUGAAGUUGUUGAGGGUGAUAAUCCUGGGAAGAUUUCUUCCCCUCAAAACCAUCUGAAUGAAUCUCCAUUAAAGUAUUUAUCUGCUGAUAGCACAGAGGAUCAACAGUCUGGUCAACCCAUAUAUGACACUGAGUCAAAACUUAGAGACGAGCCUCUGCCUUCUCCUCAACUUCCACCUGUAUUCGAUACUGCAAAGAAACCCUCUUCUAUUGAUGGAUCUGAGGAGCUCAACAUAGGAGACUUGUCCUUGGCCGAUAAUGUUGACACAUUGGUUCAAUCAGUUUGCAAGUCCAUAAGUCCUACUAUUGCUGCUGCAGCUGAGGAUUCCUUACCAUCAGAAGAAGAGCCUCUUGCUGUUGUUGAUGCAAAGAUAACCCCUCAAGAUGAUCUACCUGUUCCUAACCUUUCUGAUGAUAUUAUAUCAAAUUCUGCUAAUCUUCAAAACACUGAGAUUGCCGCAGCAACUGAACAAGAAAAAGAUGAUGAUAUUGAAAAUGAUGAUGAUGAGGAUUCUGCUGUCGAAACUGGAGAUGUUGUUGAUGUGAGUGAUUCAUCUCCUGCGAGAGAACGAAAGCCAACUUCUUUGUCUGACAAUGAGGCCAAACUUGUUGCGUUGGUGUCAAAUAUUCCCCAAAACUCACCUACAAAACAACAUGACCUCUUACCUCGUUUGAACAAAUCAUUAUUCAAAGUCUUCAUGGACACACUUCGAAAGUCACCACAUACGGAACACCUAACCCGCGGUGAUACUGUGAUAACCAACAAAUUCCUAGUCCAGCUUGCCCAGCCAACCAAUUGGGUUGAUACCAUGCACAUGGAGGUCCUAGGAUCUUUCCUAAAUGAAAGGCACAGAUUGGCCCUCUCUCAAGAACGCGCUGUAAUCAUCAAACCAUGGCUAGGCAACUACCUACAGGGAAAGUACUCUUCUUUCCUAGCUGCAAAACAAAAGUUGCGUGUUCAAUGGAAUCAACAGUUCAAGAGGGCUAUUCCUGGAUCUCCAUCAGAAUGGUUUGAAGAAAUAGAUCUUAUCUUCAUGCCAAUGAUAUGGAAAAACCAGCAUUGGGUAGGUCUGGCUAUCAACUUAGGCACAUGGUGUGUCGACAUACUUGAUCCAAAUUACCCUCUAAACGAUGAUGCCAAAGUUGAAGAGUACAUGGCACCUAUUUUGGUCCAAAUCCCGUAUAUAAUUAACAAAUUUUGCAAGCCACGUCUGAGUCAGGAACAUGGGUUGGCUCCUUUCCGAUGGACAAGAAUGAAAGAGAUCUAUGUCAACGAGAGAUGUGGGGACUGUGGACCUGUGGCCAUGAAGCUCAUCGAAAUAUACGCCAAUGGUGGAGGUCCAGAGAAAAUGGCUCUUAUAACUGAUGAAAUUGUUGAUGAUUUCAGGGGUCAAUACGCUAUAGAUCUGUUUCAAGAACUUGUGGCUCCUCUUUACAAAUAGGUAGCUCAACUACUAAUCUAUGUAAUUUGUUGUAUAAAUUGUUUGUUUUAAU